UGAAUUGUCGACGUUCCCCCAGUAUUAACUAUAUUACUGAUGAGAAAUUUAUCGUGCUCGACCGAAAACGGUUGACAAAUACAGGGACAAAGAUAUCAAGAACAAGUAAAAAUUUGAUAAUUUGGAGCAUGGGCAGAAUCUUCGUAAUAAUAACGUUUCUGACGGAAGUGGCUGUUGCUAUCGGACCAAUGAUUUAUGUAACCUCGUCUCCAGUAGCAACUGAAAAAGGAAUCAUAGCAGUGAAAGAAAAUAUUAACUUAAAAAAGGCUAUUGAUGCUGCAUCAACUGCAUUACCAGCCAAGACAGCACUAACCGAACAUGAAGAUACACUAUCUCAUGAUGUUGAAUAUUCUUCGACUGAUAAACAGCAAGACCAAGCUUUUAAACUCAGAACAAGCAUUAUUACCCAGAAUGCUAUUGCAGCUUUAAAGCCAACUGAAGGUUCAAGUACUGUGGCACAAUCCAGCACAGCUUCAAUGGCCACUGGCGUAAUAGAAUCCACUUUAAGAGCAACGCAAGCAUUUCCUUCUAUGGUCAACUCCUCAAUUGUAGGCAAUUUAAAGUUACUAUUAAAUCCUGUCAAUGUAACAAAGACAAAAACACAGACGACGAUAAUAACAAAACAUAGCACUGCGUUAAYAUCAAUAGAAUCAUAUACCAAAACUGUUUCUCCUUCGAUGACUUUAUUAGGUGAUUAUGGUUUCCAUUCACAUGUGCUAUCGACGUCAGSCAUUGUUUUUUCUGUUCAAUCAAAGACUGCCAUUUUAUCAAAUACCCCACWUUUGAAUAUUGCAACCAUAAAGGCAUCUAAUACAAUUGAAUCAACAUCACUAACCUAUACCAUACAAUCAACUCUAGAAACUAAACCAUCGAUCACAAAACACUUAUCAAGCACCCCACAUUUGAGCAAUAGUUCCAUGGAAUGGUCCGAGUCAACUUCGACAUGGACUAACACUAGAGUUAUUUCAAUGACUUCAGCCAUGCAACCUARCCUACUUACUUCUGCGCGUGUUGCACAUACACCUCAUUCAGUGAGCAAUGCACCUACCAGGAAUCUACCGUUUACAGAAGCGAUAUUAAGAUUAAUAACUCCAUCCCAUGAUGUCCCAAUUGCAACUAGCAGCUUUAUCCUACAAUCAACUUCGCAAUCCACUGCAAAUGCCUCAGACGUUACGAAUACUUUCCAAAAGAACASCAUGUCGGACAUMAUUACAGGACUGGUGAUAGGGUUCAUUAUAUUUGUCCUGGUACUCGUAGUAACCGUAAAAAAGAUCAAAAAGUACUACCUCUCUGGACGUCAACGUCGACAGYCUCAKAGUGCAGAACGAAUGGAAAUGCAUUUCCUAAAUCAGUACGAUGUUUCACUCUGAUGCUCCUAGUGCUAAAUGAACUAAGGCCCGAGCAUGCAAACGGUCCCAACAAGUCCCAACAUGUUGGGCAUUAUCCGCCAUUUUGCUUGAACUUAUCAUGGCUGCCUUUUAUAAUACGAGUAAAAAAAAAAACGAAAAAGCAUAGCAGUUAUGGUUCUAAAUAAAGUCCUUAGCGAAAACAGUA